UCCCUUAGACCUGAUGGGAGCUGCAGUGGAGCAGGUCAGCAGCAGCAGGAAUCCUACUGGAAGGUGCAUAAAAUUGGCUCUGGACUCUGCAUGUUUGAAAGUGUGAGAAACCCAAGAAUGUAUCUGAAGAUCAAAGAUGACCAGUGUAAUGGAACAGGCACAGGUGAUGAAUACUGUCACUUUAAGAUUGAGAAGAAUUUGGAAACUGGAUCUGUAAGCCUAGAAUCAGUGCGAAACAGAGGGAUAUAUGUUGGUCUGCUGCCAGAUGGCCAGACUAAACCAGUCAUUAACACUGGAGAAAGAAACAUUUUUUUCUACCCACAGGUCAUCAAAUUUGGCCGGGAAGAGCCUAUGGGAACAUCUGCAGCACCCAGUCAAGAGAGGAAAGACAUUGGAGAAUCUCAGCUCCAACCAGCAAAAGCCCAGAAACCAGUAUCUCAAAGCCCUUCAACUUUCCCACCCUCAAAGGAAAUGAGAAAUCCCCAAGGUGGUGAGUGUCCCCUUCCUUCACAUGAUGAAUGGAAAGUGUCAAUGCUGACAGGAAGUGCAGGAACUGAAGCAGAUGUCGCUCUCUGGAUAUAUGGAGACAGAGGAGUAGCUGGACCAAUAACUCUUGGCAAGGACAACAGAAAGCAGCUGUUUCUUCCCAGGCAGGAAGAUGAAUUUCAGGUUAAAAUAAAAAGCAUUGGGAAUAUCUACAAGAUAAGAAUUGAACUUGAUGGAUUACUGAAUGAACAAUCAGAGUGGAACUUACAAAGGGUGACAAUGCAACAUCUAAAGAACAAGAAAAUGCUGAAUUUCCCAGCAAACACAUGGUUGUCAAAGAAUCGUGAUGACAGAGAAUUUCUCUGUGAACUUCCAGUAGUGGAAGCUGGAAAACCUAUCUAUCCAAUCGUUUUAUACCAUGUUUAUGUGUACACUGGUGACUUGGAGCAAGCUGAUACAGAUUCUGCUGUUUAUCUGUGUAUCUAUGGAAAGAGAGGAGAUUCUGGUCUAAGACUUCUGCAUAAAACUGGUAUGCGAGUGACACUUCAGAGAGGAAUGGUCAAUGCUUUUGAAGUGGAAGCUGUAUCUCUUGGAAAGCUGCAGAAGGUGCUGUUGCGCUGUGAGGCUAGUGCCAAGUCCCAGUAUUGGUACUGUGAUAAAGUCAUUGUCAGAGAAACUGAGAACAACUUGGAAUAUGUUUUCCGUUGUGAAAGGUGGCUUCCAUUUGUGUCCCAAGGUGUAAUUCAUUCAGAAAUUGAGUUGUACCCUCAAGAAGGAGACUGGAAGAUUACUGUAGUCACUGGGGAUUUUGAAACAGCUGGCACAACAGCAACAGUGUCCCUUUACGCUUAUGGAGAAAACAGAGCUUCUGGUCCUAUUAUUUUGGGAUCUGGGAGACACCAGCUGUUUAAUCCCAACAAUGAAGAUACAUUUAAGAUUAAUCUCAGAGAUCUUGGGCAGCUAUAUAAAAUCCGCAUUGGCCACGAUAACACUGGAAAUGAUCCCAGUUGGUACCUGGAGGAAGUCAGGCUUGAAAGAGUAGUACCUCUUUCUCAUGAAGAGAUUUGUCUCCCUGUACAGUGCUGGCUUGCAGAAGACAAGGGUGAAGGUGAUACGUGGAGAGAAGUGGCAAUAAGAAAUCCCACAAAGGAGCUUUUGCCAUUGUUGGUGUAUGAGGUCCAUGUAUACACGGGUACCAAACUUGGUGCUGAAACAGAUUCUAACGUUUAUAUCAACCUCAUUGGGACAAGAGGAGAUGCUGGCAAAAGGAAGCUCCAUAGAUCUAAGAAUAAUAAUGUAAAAUUUCAACGUGGACAGAUGGAUAUUUUCUGCAUAAAGGCUGUCUCGCUGGGAGACUUGGAGAAAGUUCUGAUUAGCUGUGAUGGAGCUGGUCCAGGCAGUGGAUGGUUCCUGGAUAAGAUUGUCAUCAAACAUAAAGAAGGAAAGGAAGUUCAGGAGGUUGUAUUUCCUUGUAAUAGAUGGUUAGAUGAAUAUCAAGACGAUGGGAAAACUGAGAGGGAACUAACUGCCAAUAAGGAUGGCAGUUCAAUGAAGGUGUUCCUUAAAGCACAACAGUGGAGGGUGCAGGUUAAAACAGAUGGAGACUCCCCAGAGCCACAAGAGUGUAAAAGGACCCUUGUGAUUUAUGGCUCAAAGGGCAAAAGUGACGAGCUUCUGCUUUCUCCGCAAAACCCAGGAUAUGUGUGCUUUCUACCCAGAGCAACAGAUGAAUUCAUUAUUGAGACUGGAGACCUGGGAGAUGUAUACAAGAUUCGGGUCAGCUGUGAUGAUGUGCCAGGCUUUGAGGGUUGGCAUUUGAAGUCUUUUCGCUUGGAAGAGCUACAUGCAAAACAAGAACUGAAGUUCAACUGUAACUGCUGGCUCUCUCUUAACAGAGAUGACAAGGAGCUGGUGAAGGAAUUCCCUGCAGUCAAUGAGGACCAGAAAACUUUACCAGUGUAUAAGUAUGUUGUGUCUGUACAUAUUGGUGACCGCUGGGGAGCAGAAACUUUUGCGAAUGUUUAUAUCACUCUCUAUGGCAAAAGAGGGGACACAGGCGUAAGGAAACUUCAUACGUCUUUAGCAAAAGGAAGAAAAUUUCAAAGGGAUAAGGUGGAUUCAUUUUUGGUGGAAGCUGUUUCCCUGAGUGAUUUGCAAAAAGUGGUCAUAGGACACCAUGGGGAAGGCUAUGGGGCUGGGAUGUACCUCAAGAUGGUAACAGUCAAGGAAUCACAGGACUUGGACAAAGAAUGGGUCUUCCCAUUGUGGAACUGGCUUGAUACUCAUCUGGGACUAUAUGAUACUGUUUGUGAGAUUGUGACAGUUGGUAUUCAGUUAUUGACUAGUCCUAAACUGUCUGAAAUCAAUAUGAAUUCAUCAGGUCUCUGGAUAAUGGACAUCAUUGGAUCUGACUUGAGCGAUGAAGAGGGUCCAAUAUGCCUUUCUUUUAUCUUCUACGGCAAUCUGAGUCGCAAAAAGUUGCCACUUCAAGUUACAGGAAAAGCAAUUCAGAUCAAAGAUGAACUGGCAGAUAUUGGCUUAAUAGACAAAGUUCAGGUAACUGGCUCACAUAGCAAGCUAAAACAGUCAUGGCACUUAGAUUUACUGCAUAUGAAGCACACAGGCACAAAGGAAGAGAUGUAUUUAGCUUUUGACUGCUGGUUCAACCCUAAAGAAGACAAAUGUGUGGAACUGCCGGCUCUCCACGCAGAUCAGGAGCCUUUGCCUGUUGUGGAAUAUACAAUCCAUUUGCACACGGGAGACUUGAAGAAAGCAGAUGCCACUGGUGAGGCCUAUCUUUGUAUACAAGGAGAAAAGAGUGACUCGGGGAAACGAUGGCUUAACUCAAGAAACAGCCUGACCACUUUUGCUAGAGGGCAGGUGGAUGUUUUCAAAAUCAAAGCAGUAUACCUUGGCAAGUUGAACCAAGUUCUUGUUGGAUUUAAGAGUCUAAAAAAAGAUGAGUGGUUCUUGGAAAAAAUUGUUAUAAAAGAAGUCCUAUACCCUUUUUCUGCACAUGUUUUUGUUCACAAUGACUGGAUAAAUAAACACUCCAAGAAAGAUUUUGUAGAAGUGGCAAUUCCACUCAAAGAAACAUCUGUGACAUCUCUCAUAAAAAAUUUUGAUACUAAAAGUAGAGGACGAUGGCAAACAUGGGUACACUGUACACAAGUACCAGAAGAUGUUCCUGAUAUUCAAGUUGUUGUAUUUGGAAGAAAAGGGAAAUCCCCUGCACAGAAAGUUCAGAAUCUGAGUGAUAAUCCAUUUUUGUUGACUGUUGGUGAUAUUGGAGACAUAACAAAGGUUUCCUUUGUGUUAUCCGGUCCAUGCUUGGGAAGAGGAAUUAAACUUCACAAGCUUCGGCUAAAAGACCUGGACACUAAACAAGAGUUGGGCUUUCACACUGAAGCCCAGUGUCUCUUUGGAGAAGAUGGAUCUGAGACUGUGACAGAGCUAGCAGCGGUCAGGCCAGACAAGCCACCACUCAGGGAAGUUCUUUACUUGAUCAGUGUUCAUACGGGAACAUUGCCCGCAUCAGGGACUGAUGCAGAUAUAUUUAUCACAGUGUUUGGAGAGAAGGGAGAUUCCUGCAAAAGGAGACUAAGACAAUCAAAUUUUGAAAGAGGACAGGUUUGUAUCUCUGAAAUGAGAGCAGUAGACCUCGGACAGUUAAGCAAAGUGCUUGUUGAACACCAUGAUAUAGGUUAUGGAGCUGGAUGGUACCUGGACCAAAUUGUCAUCCAUGAGUCAGGCAAGACUGAUGGCCAAUAUGCAUUUCUUUGCCAACAAUGGUUAGACAGUGGAGUUGGUGAUGCACGGAUGGAACGAAUGUUGAAACUUCUUGGAAAAGUCAGGAAUGGGAUGUUGACAGGAAAGAUUUAUGGGACUUGGGAUGUCCUUGUCACAACUACUGAUAUUUCUUCUAGUUGCAUGAAUCCUAAAAUGUCUCUAACUAUAUGUGGUGAAAAAGGUAUCUGUACUUCAGUCAUAUUUCCCAAAGGAUCCCUUAAAAAUAAGCAGAUUUAUGAAACUUCAGUUGAACUAAGUAAGAAAUUCAGUACUAUAUUCAAAGUUCGCUUAGAAAUCGAAGAAGCUGCAGAAGGAGAGACUUGGCAUUGCCAUGAGGUAAAGCUUCAACACAGAGAAAGUAAAAAUGUGCUAGAAUUUCCAUUUUGUCACAACUUUGCAGAUGAAGAAGGAGGAAGAGUGGCUGAGCUUCCAGUUCUCACAGCUGGCUCUCCUUUUCCAGCAGUGAAAAUCUAUGUUCUCUAUAUCACUACGGGAGCAGCCCCUGGGUCAGGAACAGAUGCAGAUGUGUAUGUCAUGCUGCAAGGCCUUUUAGGAGAUACUGGCAGAAGACAGUUAAUCAGAAAAGGAGAUGAUAAUUUCACUAAAGGAAAGGUGGAUGUUUUUCAAGUGGAAGCAGUAGAUGUUGGGACUCUGCAAGUGAUGGUGGUUGAAAAAGGGAGAGGCUCUGACUGGCUUCUUGAGAAGAUUAUUGUGAAGGAGUCAGCAGCUUCAGGGUCAGAAACAUUGUUUAUGGCUCAAACAUGGCUAAAAGACAGACACGAUGGAAAAAGAUCUGCCUCAGUAACUUUGAAUGCCACAGAAAUUCAGGAGAGGAGGAGCUCUUCUGCCUGGCAUUUAGGAAAAGAGCAAAUGAAUUCAGAAGGCAGAUGGAGGAUUUAUUUCACAAAGAGUCAAGAAGAAACAAAAGCAGACUUUGAAAAGUUGUCACAAAAUAUAUCCAAGUUGGUUAUGUUUUUUUAUGGAAGCAAUGGCAAGUCAAAUCUGGUUUCCAUGGAAAACAAAGUGGAACAUCAGGCUAAGAACCAAAUAACAUAUGAUAUAUAUUUACCAUCUGAUCUGGGAAUGCUUUAUAAAGUGAGACUUGGUCUCCAGAGUUUGGAAAACAGCACAUCCCAGUUGUCUUUUUGUCACUUAAAAAUGCAGAACACAUCAACCCUGGAUACCUUUAGUCUCACCAUAAAUAAAACACUUCCUCUUUCUCUUAAUGGAGACAGAUGGAUUGAAUUCCCUGUAGAGUGGCCAUUAAAAGAAGCACUUUCUGUGGUUACAUAUCAUCUAACAGUGUUCUCUAGAAAUAUUUUGAGUGAGAGAAAUUUAGUGCAUAUGACUGCGUGUAUAUAUGGUACUUACGGUGACACAGGGGACAGAUCCCUUCUCUGGUCGUUGCAGAAUGUGCAACAGGGAGAGGACAACGAGUCAUUUUUAGUUAUUGUGGAUGGUGUUGAAUUGGGAGAACUGGACAAAGUUGUUCUUUUGAUCAGCAGUAAAACAGACUGCAAACUGGACAUUAAAAAAUUACACUUGAAAGAAGCUUUAAAGGAGCAUCCUAUCUAUGUAUUUGAAGUGAAUGAAACAUUUUCUGUGGAUGCAAAUAAGCCAGAAAUACAGAGAGAAAUCCCGGUAUCUUUUGUUAUUAGAGGAGACAAACAAAAGAAUUACAUAGAUAACUUACGUAAAGAAGGAAGUCAAGCAAGAAAUCUGACAGAGUAUACUAUCAAAGUAUACACAGGUGACAAAAGGGGAGCAGGGACUGAUGCCAAUGUUCAUAUUAUAUUAUUUGGAAAUGAAGACAAAUCUGAGGUAUUUCAACUCUCUCAGUCACUGGAGCACCGAGACCCCUUUGAAAGAGGAAAAGUUGAUACAUUCAAGAUUAAGACAAAAAAUUUAGGCAGCCUACAGUCAAUUGAAAUUGGUCAUGAUGGGAAAGGAUUUGCAAGUGGCUGGUUUCUGGAAAAAGUAGAAAUCAUAGAUACGUCUAGGAAUUCAGCGUAUUGCUUCAACUGUAACAGGUGGCUUGCUGAGGAUGAAAGUGAUGGCUGCACCACAGUGCAACUUUAUCCAUAGCUGCUUGAUUUCUGAUUCUUUCUGCGUGUGUUGCUUCCCCAAAUUCAUGCUGAUUUGAUUUACUUGUGUUUUACAAUUCUGGAGGUAUUGUAAUUACUGCGAAGGAAUGUCAAAACAAUGCAUUAAAAGCAUCACAGUAAAUUAAACAUAUCUAAUGUGAAUAAUGCCUUCCGAUCCUAUUAGAGAUGGUCAAAAACCUUGCAUGACUGAAAUUUAGAAAACAGAAAUUUAAAGCUGCAACAUGGCUUUGUGGACUUGAUCUGAGCAUUUAUAAUGGUAGACAUAUGUAGUAACAUAAACAUUUUCGUUUCAGUAAUAACUUGUGGCUAAGUUAAAUUUAGCUCUUGUGUCAAAUCUGUCAAUAUUUAUUAAUUUGAUAAAUCUGUUUCAAUUUCGAAGUUUAUUAAAAUUUAGAUUUUUUCAAAAAUCAUUUUCCAAACAAACUGCACAACUCUUCAGCCUUACCAUGUAUUGCUUCCUUUUUCUGUAAGAACAUAACAGAAAGUAAUAAAGAACUUCUUAUUCAGGAGUUCACCCUCUGUCGGUAAGCCUCCCACUGACAUUUGAUUGUAAAAUCUUGUAGCUGAGCCAGAACCUCAGCUGAGAACCUUUAGAUCCAAAGGGUCUCUUAAGAGAGGCUGUUAUCAGUAACAUCGCAAUAGCUUACUGGCAGGCUUAGGCAGCUCCCUGCUCAGCUUGAUGACUUCUGCAGUGCACAUUCUUAGCCAUCUAACUGGCUUUCCAGUGCUCUAUGUGUGAAUGCCUUUACUACUAAAAAAAGCCCAAUUCCUUUUGAAAAUGCACAAUAAAUGGAAACAUUUUUAGCUCUAAAUACACAAAUUAAUGUUUGGUUUGGUAGGCUUUGACAUUGCCAGAAUUGACUCAGGAAGGGUUUAGGAUACAGAUGAGUCUGAAAUGAAGUCAUGACUUGCACAUCACCUGAAGUUUCAUGUGUGUGAUCAGAAUACAAAUAUUGUAUAUAAGCUACAUAGGGCAUCCCUCUGUUUAAACAAAAGCUUCACGUUCAGUACCUCCAAAUUUAAAAUCUGUAUGAAGAUCUGAAUUUUAGACU